CGUGGAUACCAGUCCCAUCAUAGUGCCAUCACUUCUUUUCAAGUCAGUCGACUGUAAAGUUUCGAAAAACUCCUGAUCAGUGAAUUACCGCGGUAAUUUGUUCAGAGAAGACUUCUAAAAUGGUCUUGUGCGAGACAUUGACGGCGAUAACGCCCCUAUUUUUAGUAUUGGGUUGUGGACCCGUAACACCUCCACCCAAUCAUGAUCCACUCUGCGAAAACAGCGACGGGUACCUGAAUAUGACGAACCGGGGUCUGCAACGCAUCGGGAAAGACUUCCUCCGGAAUUCGUCCUACACUUGCAUCGAUUUGUCGGGAAAUAACAUAACGGAUGUGGAGGAGGGUGCCCUUGCAAGUAUGACAGAGUUAACGUACUUGAAUCUCAGUGGAAACAAGCUGUCACCCGAAUUCCUGACGACUUACAGUAACCCGAAGGUGAGAGUUCUGGUGCUGGACGAAGCUUUUGCUGAGGCCGAUCUCCCCGAGGACAUAAAAUAUUCACCGACAAUUUUGUCAACAUUUCCGGAAUUGAGGCGCUUGUAUCUGCGUCGGAACAAUUUCGAAAGACUAAUUGUGCCGUCUUGGCGAGAGAGUUUCCCUCGCAUCAGACAUAUUUACUUGGAUGACAACAGGCUUCAGUCCGCGAGUUUUUUGACAGUACUUCCGAAGAAUUUGACGCAUUUAUCUCUCUCCAACAAUCGUCUGUCGUCGUUCAAAACUGGAUCGCUUGAGCAUCUCGAAGGGCUGAACUUGGACAAUAAUCAAUUCUCCAAAUUGUGUGAAAGUGAGGCCUGCGACGAAGGUAUUUAUUUAAAUGGUGCAAUCAAUUUAAAAGUGUUAUCGUUAUCCAACAACAAUCUGUCUACGUUGAAUGGAGGUGCGAUGAAAAAUCUGGGGAAAUUGAAAUACUUGAAUCUGUCGGAUAAUGCCUUAUCCGAAAUUCCUCAUCUCGCAUUCCAAAAUCUCCGGAGUUUGUUCGACCUCAACUUGAGUAAUAAUGGCUUGCGGAAGGUUCCAGAUCUGUGUAAUCUGAGAAACUUGAAAUUUUUAAAUUUGAGCCACAACGUACUUCUUCACAGUAUCGAUCGCGACACCUUCUGUGAUUUGCCGAAUUUGGACCACAUUGAUUUGACUCACAAUGGAAUUCCUCAGGUGUCGCCUGAAGUCUUCAUUGGCAUGAUUACCGGUAGGACACCUUUCUUUGGGACUCUGUCAGUUUGGCUGAGAAGUCUGCGAGGUAUCGCAUCAGUUCCACUUCUGCUUUCCUCAAUCAAUCAAUUAAAAAUGAGUCUCGCUAUCAAAGUGUUGUUUAUCUCAAUGUCACUAUUUGCAUUCGUGCAUUGCAAAUUCGUGAAAUCCACAUCUGAUCAACUUCCACUCUGCGAUGAUGUCAACGGCACAAACUUGGAUAUCUCCAGCAGUGGUUUCACACGCAUAGGAUCGGGUUUCCUUCGGAGUGCGCUUGUCACCUGUGUCAAUCUGGAAAGAAACGGGAUAACGGAAGUCGCAAUGGACGCUUUUCAGAGCUGUCCUAAAUUACGUUAUUUGAAUUUGGCUAGUAAUAAACUUAACAUUGAGUUCUUAGGUAUUUUUGAAAGUGAGACCAUCGAAACUCUAGUGCUUGACGCAUCAUUUUUUGGUAGGCUUGAUGCACCUGGAAUACUGAUCAUAUCAAAUCAGGGUAAUGAGUAUGACCAGUAUGAUUAUGACUAUAGAAGAAGGAUAACGAGUACAACCAGGGCCCCACGCACCACUUCCGUGAUAUCAAUGAGUCUUCCACAUCUGAGGCACUUGUAUUUACGUCGAAGUGAAUUCGAUUCUUUAGAAAUUUCCUCACACAAUUUACCCAACAUCACGCAUCUCUACUUAAAUGCGAACAAACUUUCAUCCCUGAGUUUCGUGAAAUCGUCCCCAAAGAAGUUGACUCAUCUAUUCCUGGAUCACAACGCCCUGUCGAAUUUUGCUGUUGGAUCAAUGGAAAACCUCAAAGUGCUGCAUGUCGAUCAUAAUCCGUUGGAAAGACUGUGCGAGAAUGAAUACUGCAAUCAAGGGAUAUCUCUGAGGGAAGCGAUCAAUCUGGAAGAGCUGUCACUAUCGGAUAUCAAUCUGAAUACGUUCGACGAGGAGGCGCUGGAGGAUUUGCGGAAGUUGAAAUACUUGGAUUUGUCGCAGAAUCACAUUUCUAAAAUUCCCCGACACGCGUUGGACAAUCUGACGAGUCUGGUCGUUUUGAAACUGAACGAAAACGAAUUGACAGGUAUGCCAGAUUUUUGUAAUUUGAUUAAGUUGCAGGAGCUGGAUUUGAGUCACAACAAGAUUCAGAAUAUCAGUCAGAGAAUGUUCUGCAAUUUUACGAAUUUGGAGAGUAUUAAUUUGGGAUAUAAUGAAAUCAUCGAGAUGACAUCAGGAGUCUUUGACAUGCUGACGUCGUUGAGGGUGUUGAAUCUUUCGGGGAAUAAGAUUACAACACUGCCAGUACACUGGUUUACAGUAGGCAAGAGCCGUGGGCCACUUGAGUUCAUCAACCUCGGGGGGAAUCCAUUGGCAACUAUACCGUUGAAGAGUUUGGAGAAUUUACCAAAAAACAUGAGUAUCAUUAUUAUGGGAAAGAAUAAGGAUCACCAGGGUCAGAUUAGGGGUCAUGAGGGUCAGAUUAAGGGUCAUAAGGGUUACGAGGUUCAAAAUGAGAUUCGUGAGGGACAGAAUAAGUGUGAUGAGGAUCAGAUUAAGGGUCAUAAGGGUCAGAGUGAAGGUCACGAGAUUCAAAAUCAGGUUCAUGGGGGUCAGAAUCAGAGUCAGCUUGAUAAUAGUGAAUUUGUGAGAUCUACGUCUGAUUACAUACCAGUUUGUGAGCGUUUCGAUAAGUCCCUCGAUCUUUCGAUCGGUCGUUUCGCAACCAGCAGUCCUUCAUAUCCGUACGCACCGUUUAUUUGCAUCAAUUUUGCGGGAAAUAAUAUAACACGUUUUCCCGACAAGAAUCGUACUCCGCAAUUAGAGUACUUGAAUUUGGCUGGAUGUAAGCUUACUGCCGAACUUUUAUCGUCUUUUGAACAUCCAACUGUGAAGACUCUCGUCCUUGACGAAGCCAUUGCACGAGCCCACCCCAGAAAUGAAUAUGAACGGGGAGGAAGAUAUAGUACAGAUUCACUGAAUCUUUCACUGAAACUUCCACAACUCAGAGAGCUAUAUUUACGCGAAAAUAAUUUGGAAUCAGUGUGGAUUCCGUCAUGGUCAGACACUCUUCCGGAGAUCACUCAUCUUUAUAUGAACAACAACAAAUUUACGUCAACGAGUUUUUUAUCGACAUUUCCGAAGAAACUGACUCAUUUAUAUCUUGAUAAAAAUCGUCUGCAAAUGUUUAGGACUGGAUCGUUGAAAAAUCUUAGAGUGCUGUAUCUAGAUCAUAAUCCGUUGGGCUGCGUAUGUCGACAGGCGUCUUGUCCCCGAGGGAUAUGGCUGAGGGAUGCCAUCAAUCUGCAAGAGUUGUCAUUAUCGUCUGCAGGUCUUUCCCUAUUUGAAGAAGAUGCAAUGGAGAAUUUGACAAGUUUGAACUAUUUGGAUAUGUCGAAUAAUAAAUUAUCGAAAAUUCCGGAAGGGGCUUUCAGAAAUCUGACUAGUCUCGUGGUUCUCAAAUUGGAUGACAAUACAUUGACACAUAUUCCAGAUCUACGCAAUUCAAAAAAAUUGGAAGAAUUGAAUUUGAGUCGCAAUGCACUUCAUGAUAUCAGUCAGCAGAGCUUUUGUAACUUGACAAAUUUGAAACGUAUUGAUUUGUCGCAUAACGAGAUCGCCGAGGUAACACCUGGAGUCUUUGAUAGGCUGGCGUCAUUAACAAUAUUGGAUCUCUCGUGGAACAAGCUCACAGGAUUUCGGCGAAAUUGGUUCAUUUCGCGGCGUCGAAGUGGCCGAGUGCCUGUUGGAAAUCCGAUUAACUUGGAAUAUCUGGAUCUAUCGAAUAACGACUUACAGAAAAUUUCUCAUCGGGUUUGCCGAAAUCUAACGAGCCUCCGGGUCCUCAAAUUGAGUGAUAAUGCAUUGCAAGACAUUCCAAAUCUAUCCCACUUGAAAAAAUUGGAAGAAUUGAAUUUGAGUAGUAAUGCGCUUCGUGAUAUGGGUCGGAGAAUCUUUUGGAACUUGACAAAUUUAAAACAUAUUGAUUUGUCGCGAAACGAGAUUGUUGAGGUAACACCUGGAGUCUUUGAUACACUGUCGUCAUUAAUGACAUUGAAUCUCUCGUGGAACAAGCUCAACCAACUUCCGCACAAUUGGUUUAUUUCGCAAAGUGACGGAGUGCUCGUUGAAAAUCCAAUGAAAUUGGAGUACCUGGAUCUAUCGAAUAAUGAAUUAUGGAUAAUUUCUCGACAGGCUUUCCAACAUCUGACGAGUCUGAUGGUUCUCAAAUUGAGCAAUAAUGUAUUGAUCAAUAUUCCAAAUCUAUGUGAUUUGAAGAAACUGGAAGAAUUGAAUUUGAGUAGCAAUGCACUUGAUAGUAUCAGUCAGGAAACCUUCUGUAACUUGACAAAUUUGAAACAAAUUGAUGUGUCCGAUAACGCAAUCGCUGAGAUAACACCUGGUGUCUUUGAUAUGCUGCCAUCAUUAACAACGUUGGAUCUAUCGAAUAACAAAUUACGGAGAAUUCCUCAGCGGGCCUUCCAAAAUCUGACGAGUCUCUUGGUGCUCAAAUUGAGUAAUAACGUAUUGAAAGACACUCCGGAUCUAUGCAACUUAACAAAACUGGAAGAACUUGAUUUGAGUCGUAAUGCCCUUCAUAAUAUCACUCAGCGAACCUUCUGCAACUUGAGAAAUUUGAAACGUAUUGAUUUGUCUCAUAACGAGAUCGCGAAGGUGAUGCCUGAGGUCAUCGAUAGGUUGCCGUCAUUAACAAGACUGGAUCUCUCGUGGAAUAAGUUCAAUGCUUGCACAGAAUUUGAAGAUUUGGAAGCUGCUGAACACCUGGAGUACUUGAAUUUGGCAGGGAACAUGCUGCCGCUUGAAUUCAUCUCGUCUUUUGGACAUGCAACUCUGGAGACUCUGGUGCUGGACGAAGUCAUUAUCGAGAUGCAGUUCUCCCGUAGUGCAUGCAACGACGAGGGAAGCAUAAGCAUCUCGGAAGGUUCAACAGAAAGAGCUUUUGUUGUAUAUAAUCCAAAAAUUUCAUUGAUAAUUCCACAACUCAGACACCUGUAUUUGCGCCAAAAUAAUUUGGAAUCAGUACAGAAUGUGCGGUGGGCAUUCAGUUUGCCAGAGAUCACUCAUCUUUACUUGAGUAACAACAGACUUACGUCUACAAGUUUUUUAUCAUCAUUUCCAAAGAAACUGACUCAUUUGUAUCUCGAUGAAAAUCGUCUGCAGAUGUUUAGGACUGGAUCGCUGGAAAAUCUCACAGUGCUGCAUCUAGAUCAUAAUCCAUUGGGCUACGUUUGUGGAAGGGCGUAUUGUCGCCAAGGGAUACGGCUGAAGGAUGCAAUCAAUCUUCAAGAGCUAUCAUUAUCUUCUGCUAAUCUGUCCCUAUUGGAGAAAGACGCGAUGGAGAAUCUGACGAGUUUAAAAUACUUGGAUAUAUCGAACAAUAAAUUAUCGAAAAUUCCUGAAGGGGCCUUCAAACAUCUGACCAGUCUCGAGGUUCUCAAAUUGGAUGGCAAUGCGUUGACAGAUAUUCCGGAUCUACGCAAAUCGGAAAAAUUGGAAGAAUUGAAUUUGAGUCGCAAUGCUAUUGAUAAUAUCAUUUCGGAGACCUUCUUCAACUUGACAAAUUUAAAACACAUUGAUUUGUCGCAUAAUGAGAUCGCCGCGGUGGCAUCUCGAGCCUUCGAGCUGCUGCCGUCAUUAACAACAUUGAAUAUCUCGUGGAAUCAGCUCAAAACACUUCCGGAGUAUUGGUUCGUUUCAAAAAUUGCCCAAACGUGGAAUGAAAAUCGAGGGAACGUGCGUCUGAAAAAUCUUAAUGUUCUCAAGGUUCUCAAAUUGGAGAAUAACGUAUUGAUGGAUAUUCCCGAUAUCUGCAAUUUUCAAAAGUUGGAAGAGGUAGAUUUGAGUCACAACGCGCUUCGGAGUAUCAGUCAGCAAACCUUCUGCAACUCGACAUAUUUGAAACACAUUAAUUUGUCCCAUAAUGAGAUAGUCGAGAUAAAACGUGGAGCUUUCGAGGUCCUGCCGUCAUUAACAACACUGGAUAUCUCGUGGAAUAAGCCUAGAACAUUUCUGCAGUAGCCUCUGAAAAGUACCCAAGCGCCUGUAUUAUCUAUCGCUGUCACAGAAAAUCCAUUCCAAAAACAGAGUUAAUUGGGCAGAACAAUUCGCCAAAAACAAAUAGGAUCUCUUCCAAAGCAGCAUUUACAGGGUUGGGCGGAGGGGGAGUUUGAAACGGACAGGGAGUCCCAUUGUUCUCGAGCCCUGAUUCAAUGCCUGAACACGAAAAUGUUUAAUACACUUUUAAAAAAUCCAGUGUAACGAUUUUUUAAGCCUCUAUUCCGCUCAUCAAGUAAUGUAAUAUGACGUUUAUGUAUGUUUUUAAUAUACUGUAAUCUUUUGUUGACAGUAA